CGAUGCACUCGUCCCCGACCUCGUUCCUCCAUGUGAUAAUUAUAACACCAUUUUUCCUCAGCGAUCCUGAAUUUGAUCUCUGUUUUUUUUUCCCCCUGCGCGCACGCGUGUGUGGAUUGUGUUCAUCUUUAACCUGCCAUCACUGUAGCCCCCCGCGUUGCGUUGGCGCUGCGGAUCUAGCCUACAAGAACAAGAGCCAGCUCACAGCCGUGGAAACAAGCGAAUCAAUUUAGGGAAGAGAAAAGGAGAGACUGAUAGCGAGGUUGGAAAACUGACGAUCGGAGAGGAGAGAAAACAUCGACCUCACGCCGCAGCCGCCGAAACAUUAAGUGUGAACCAACAGCCUCCAUCGUGACAACACUUUCACAACCAAAUCCUCCCCCAAAUUUGAUUUCUCUUCUAAUAAGUGUCAUGGGAACAAAAAUACAAAGUUUUCUAAAAUGAAAAAUUGAGAAAGCCCUGGUUUUUGAUUGCCAAGGAAAUGAGCAAAGUAAAAUAAGAAUCUAUUAUUGAUAAAGUCUUUAAUAUAGCAUUGCACUUUUUCCCCUCAAUUUUUAAGUGGCUGCUUGAAGAGAGAAUAAGAGCAUUAAAUAUGAACAUCAAGAUAAACACUUAAAGUCCCUUGAUUGGAGGUGACCUAUCAACUUCUUAGUGAUAGGGGUGGGUCAUGACUCAGUUGCCAUGCGUGUUGUCAUGGUGACCAGCCCAGGUACCCCUUUCCCCCUCCUCUGGUUGGUCCAACUUUUGUUGUGGUUUCACAACCAUGGACCUCAGCUGACAGAGGCAGCACCCCCAUGCCCCACCCCCUGCACCUGCUCCAAUCAGGCGAGCCGUGUCAUCUGUACGAGGAAGAAUUUAGAUCAAAUCCCUGACAGUAUUUCAGAGAACACAAGAUACCUCAAUCUACAAGAGAACUCAAUUCAGGUGAUCAAGUCUGACACAUUUAAGCAUCUGCGGCAUUUGGAAAUCCUCCAGCUCUCCAAGAACCACAUCCGACAGAUUGAGGUGGGAGCUUUUAUUGGUCUUCCCAACCUCAAUACACUGGAGCUUUUUGACAACCGUCUUACAGUGGUACCAACCCUAGCUUUUGAGUAUCUAAGUAAGCUAAGGGAACUAUGGCUAAGAAACAACCCAAUCGAGACGCUGCCGGCAUUUGCCUUUCAUCGUGUUCCCUCUUUACGGCGUCUUGACCUAGGGGAACUCAGGAAGCUGGAUUACAUCUCAGAGGCUGCCUUUGAAGGUCUGAUAAACUUGCGCUUCUUGAAUCUUGGCAUGUGUGGCUUGAAGGACAUACCUAACCUCACCCCGUUAGUGCGACUAGAGGAGUUGGAGCUAUCAGGGAACCAGCUGGGGAUAGUUCGGCCAGGAUCCUUCCAGGGUCUAGUGUCACUUCGCAAGCUGUGGCUAAUGCACUCCAGAGUGUCGGUCAUUGAACGCAAUGCUUUUGAUGACCUCAAAAACUUGGAGGAGCUCAACCUCUCUCACAAUUCUCUGCAUUCCCUGCCCCAUGACCUCUUCACCCCUCUGCACCAGUUGGAGAGGGUACAUCUCAAUCACAACCCUUGGGUUUGCAACUGUGAUGUUCUGUGGCUCAGCUGGUGGCUGAAAGAAACAGUUCCCAGCAACACCACUUGUUGUGCUCGCUGCCAUGCACCCCCAGGUCUAAAGGGCAAAUAUAUUGGAGAACUAGACCAGAGUCACUUUACCUGCUAUGCCCCAGUGAUUGUUGAGCCACCCACUGACCUCAACGUCACUGAAGGCAUGGCUGCUGAGCUAAAAUGUCGUACUGGAACCUCAAUGACCUCUGUGAACUGGUUCACUCCAAAUGGCACCCUGAUGACCCACGGAUCAUACCGAGUUAGGAUCUCAGUGCUCCAUGACGGAACACUGAACUUCACAAAUGUGACCAUGCAAGACACAGGACAGUACACUUGCAUGGUAACCAACUCUGCUGGAAAUACCACUGCAUCCGCAGUUCUCAAUGUAUCUGCUUCAGACCCCAGCAAUACCUAUAGUUAUUUCACUACUGUCACUGUGGAAACAUUGGAGUCAAAAGGAGAGGAGGAGAACUCAGCAAGACAGUUUAUUAACGAGACCUUCAUAGUUCCGAAUCCUACCGUUGCCCAACCCGAUGUUACUGUAAUGCCUUCACUCUCUUCUCUCUCCUCACUGUACCCAGAAAAGAACAAAGGUUUUGAAGGUGCAGUGACUGUGUCCAUAAUGGAUGUAACUAACAUUCCAGGCCUGGAUGAUGUAAUGAAAACAACUAAGAUCAUCAUUGGUUGCUUUGUGGCCAUUACGUUUAUGGCAGCUGUAAUGCUGGUGGUCUUCUAUAAACUCCGUAAGCAACACCAGCUACAUAAGCACCAUGGCCCAGCCAGAGCCAUUGAAAUUGUGAAUGUAGAAGAUGAGAUAGGAGCCGGAGCAGGAAGUGGCAUCUCAGGCGGUUCAACAAUUAAUUCUGGCACAGGUGGAGAAGGAACCCUACGGCUACAUCAUCCAGAGAUAGUCAACCUUCCUAACAUUGGUCGUACAGAUACGCUCAACCAUUACUACAAGACACAUCAUUUCAACAACAACGUGAUGGGUCUUAGCAUUGGCUCUGAAGGGAUGGGGCCCGGUGGGAUCCUCAGUAACAAGAACCAGCAAGGUCAAGAUAUCCCUAUCUCCUGUACUUCAGUCCCGAUCUCCACAUCUAACUUUCUCACCACAUCAGGCAAUGGCACCAACACCAACCCCAGUUCGAUGUCCCCACCACUGCCUAUGUCUCUCCCCAUGCCAACCAUCGGCUUACAUGGAUCGAUCAAGGGUUUCAUGGGUCAAAGCCAGAAUCCACAAAUGGAGCCUCUUCUUUUCAAGGGGAGUUCGAAGGAAAACGUACAAGAGACUCAAAUCUAAAAGCAAAAGUGAGAGUACUGAGUGAGAGCGAGUGAGAGUUGACGACAGAGAGGGAAUUGAUGUUGGGUUUAUGUGCCGAAUGAUAAGACACUAGAGUGCACUGACGUUACACUAGGAGAGAGGAUAGACUGAAAUGGCAAUACACAAACACAUAGACUUAUCUGUGACAGUGUACUGAGCCAAGGAUUACCACAAUGGCCCACUUGUGUUUGUAGUAACGAUCAUGGCCAUGGAGAUCAAGGAAUGGACAUUGCUACAAUGUAAAUCUGUGCCAAAGCAAAUGUUUUUUGCAGUUUCUACAAGCUGUGUUCUCAUAGGAAAAAAAAAACUAGCCUUUCAGAGUAAUCAGUCCCCAAACCAUUGUUGGCCAGCAAAGUUGAAAGACAUGCACAGCACUUACCACACUGAAGACCAGAAAUAUUGCAGAAUAAAAUCCAAGAGACAUUUUUCUUCUUCAAAAAACAUGAGCCACAUUCUCUCUCAAGUGACUCAAAAGACUCCCUCAAGGUGAAAAUUAUGUAGGCAUAAAUAGAUGGACAAAAGGGUACAGUGCAGUACAAACUACUGUGAAAAAUCCACAAAUUAUAUAAAUAUAUUUUCAUCUAAAUAUGUAUCAUUGCAGACUCUGAUGCAGACAUAUUUUGGGGUGGAUGUAUAAGCUGGUAUAGUUUGUUUCUUUGUGAAUAAUCAGGGGCGGUGAUAGUGCAGGUUUGUUAUGAUAUGUUUUAAGUUUGGCUACUUCUCAGAAACAUAAGGGCUCAAUUGCAACACUCAUUGUGAAUCUUUGAAUUGGCUUUGUGGCAUAAAGUCCAUUUAGGUUGUAUUACAGUAAAUGCAGAUCUCUGUUUGACAAACUUUUGUCUGUUGUUUCAGUAAUAAUCAUUACAAACUUUUGUGUUCUGAGAGUGUAUUAUGUAUUUUGUAAAAGCCAGCUUCUUGAUAUUUUAAUUGACAAUUCUGAUACUUAAAUGCCAGCAUCAAAUAAUGGUAAAAAAACAAACACGAAAAGGUAAUCUAAUGCAAAGGCCUGUAAGGGUAAAUCAAAGUGUUGACAAUGUGUUAUUUGAAUCAGAUCAGUAGCCAGAUAUUUGCUUUUAGACUGGAAUUUGAUAUGAUCUCCUUGCUCGUGGUUACCAUAAUCAUGAAAAUGCUGUCAUAAGGAUGAGUCAACAUCUAUCUGCAGCAGCUUUCAAGAAGGGAGUGAACAUCCAUCUUAAGAAGAUUGGAAUGAAAGGAAAUGUACAGUAUAUUAAUAAUAAUAAUGUCUGGUUGUAUGACAAUUGUAAGAUCCACAUUUUUAAAGUGUAACUUUCAUAUGUUAAAUGCCAUUUACGCUUCUUGCGUUUCAACUAUGUAUUUCUUUAUUUUUGUUAGUUUGAUAUAAUGUGUACAGUUGUCUAGCCAUGUAUCAUUACGUGUGAAAUAAAUCAAUCAUAUAUUGGGUUGUGGCGGGUCAAUAUGGCAACCACAUACAGUACGUGAAGGGUGAGACAUUAUGCAGUUGUCUGCGCUAAACCUGGAUUGAAUGUAUGGUUUGUGGUUAAGCCAUUAGUCAUCCCGGUAAUGAUAGGUGCUGUCAGUUCUGUUAACACAUUCAGACAGGCUUUUAGUCACUCUCCUAUACAUGGGCUACACUUCUGGCUUUGCAAU